CGAUCGCGGCGAAAGCGAAAUGUCAACAUGUAGUAUUUGAUAGAAUUUCCAUGCUGCAGUAUUUUGCUUUAGCGAAUAAUAGAAAAGGGACUGAAAGUCUGGUAGAAUAGUGCGGGAAUCCACAGGCGGAGCAAUGGUCGAUGCGGAAAAAUGUCCGGACCCAGACGUCCGCGAGCCGACAGCGGAGGAGAUUAAGGAGCAGGGCAACCAGUGCGUGCGCGCAGGCAACUACAAAGAGGCCAUCCUGCACUACUCGCAGGCCAUCAAGAUGACGCCUAAUCCCGACGCCACGCUCUUCAGCAAUCGCUCUCUGGCGUUCCUCAAGGUGAAGCUCUACUACUACGCGAACGAGGACGCAGACAGGGCCAUUCAGCUGCGUCCCGAUUGGGCCAAGGGCUACUUCCGGCGCGGAGAGGUGCAGACGGCGGCCGGGCACUACGACACAGCCCUCCUGGCGUACGGGCGGGCGCUCCAGCUGCAGCCGAAUGACAUCACGAUCAUCAAUGCGGCGCAGAAAGUGGCAAAUCUUAGCAGCCGGGAAGCCAAGAUGGCCAAGAGACUGCCGUGGAUGUUCGUUGCGGCCGGCACUCUGCUGGGCGUGCUGAUUUCCUUGGCGGACACCUUUCUGGCGGAGAAGCCUUCGCUGGCACAUCCGGCCGUGGCAUUCCUCCUCACGCUGGCGCUCGCGCUCCUGGGCUACGGUGGCUACAGGAUGUACAGGUACAUGGUGAACAUGCAGAAGAAGGGCAACCUCGAGGCGCCGGUGGAUCUGCUCGAGGGCUUCGAGAAGCAGGAGGAUGUGGAGGAUCCUGCAGAGACUGGCGGCACCGCAAAUCGCAACAGAUAUUCGAAAGCCCAGGCGAGACAGCGCUUCCGGAAGGGGAAAUCCUAAAUCGUCCUGCACACACACAUAAAUGUACUUUCCGCGAUUUUUCGCUGCGCUACGAAAGGAAAAAUCCAUCUGUGACUAAAGAUUUAUUUCAAAAUU